UUAGCAGGCAGAGAGUUCGACGACUACGCGAUGAGUCUUCUUCCACCGCGAGCAUUUUGCGGGGAAAGCUUCGGUUUGGUGAUUGGAGUAUCUCUUGUUCGUUUGUUAGGGUGCAUUUGUAGUGUUUUAUAUUUUUUAUUUUUGCUUAGAUUUUGAGGGUUUUGUUGUUCGAUGGUGAUGAUUUGAUGCGAUCUGAGGGAUCGAUAAUGGUAGGUUUUCGAAAUUUUGCGGGGGUUUGGAAGGUUUUUGUGAUUAGAGGUGGAGGAGAAGAGGCUUUGGGAAGGAUAUGAGCGAGAAUGGACUUUGACAAGCAUAUCGUCAUGGGAGGAGGAGGAGGAGGAGGAGAGGCGAAGGACGGCGGUGGUGGAGGAGGAAGUAGUUUGGCCCGAUAGAUGUCAAUGUACCCGCUGACGUUCUAGGAGUUCCAGAGUUCGUUGGGGGGAGUUAAGAAGGACUUCGGCUCGAUGAACCUGGACGACCUGCUGAAGGACAUCUGGACCGCGGAGGAGAGCCAGGCGAUGGAGGGCACGACUGCACCUGGCGUCGGAAAUGCCGGCCUCCAGCGGCAGGGAUCCUUUACUCUCUCUCGGGAUCCAGAGGAGGUCUGGCGGAACCUCCUCUAUCCAGCCCAAGCCGCGGCGGCUCCUGCUGCCGCUGUUGUGCCGCAGCAACAACAUCAACAUCGGCAUGGGGGAGAUCACCUUGGAGGAGUUCCUAGUCAUGCUGGUGUGAUCAAAGAGGAACCAGCUGCCAUCCUGCCGCCGAGGCUUAUGGGUGAUGCCAUCAAUAGCAGCAGCAACCGUACAAAAACGAUCGGCAAUGUGCACUUCGGCAAUCUUCCUGUUGUGAGCAAUGCCGCCGGUUUCUCUCUUGGGUUUUCGCGGUUGGCCGAGGCAUGGAUUGAUAUCUGGAGCUGUUGCUUUGGAUGCAGGAGCAGUUACAGUUACAAUCGCCUCUCCAGUGAACUAUGUGCUGUGGAGAAGGUGUUUGAGAGAAGACAGAGGAGGAGGAUUAAGAACAGAGAGUCAGCUACUAGUUCGCGCGCCAGGAAGCAGGUUUAUACAAUGGAGUUGCAAACAGAAGUAGCAAAACUUAAAGAAAUAAACCAAGAAUUUCAGAAGAAACAGGUAUUGUCUCUGUACAAUUACAAUUUUGUCUAAUACAUGGUAGGCCAACGGAAUCUUAUGCCAGUUAUAUACUCAUACAGAAAUUGGAUCAGUAAAUAGCUCCCUUUUUCUGAUAAUGGUCUAUAAUUUUGACAACAAUGUCAACAAUGAUACUUUGUAUUUGCCAUAGUUAAAUUGAUAGAUACUAUUUUUCUUUUUAACAGUGAUUGGAUAAAUUAGUACCUUGAAUACUAUUUUACUAUCCAACCAAGAACAUUAUGUUUUUCUAAUACGGCUUUAAAAAAUUAAAAUAAUUGAAUUUUGGGAUCAGAUAAAAGCAGAUAAAUCAUUCACAGAGACGAUAUCUUUUAUUAGAAUUAAUAUAGUUGCUCAAGAAAAUACUGUUGGAAAUUUGAAUUUAAAUAAUAUUUUUAUUUUGAAAAAUCCGAAAAUUUCAUCUUUAAAUGUUUUGCAUGCCAUUUUUAUUAGCUGGAUGUAAAGGUGGAACAUGUAUUAGAUAGAUGCAUCAGAUAUGGAUAGGUUACUUGAAUUUGGUCUGAUUGAUGUGGAUAGGUUUAUUGAAUGUGGUCUGAUCCAUGAUUAGUGUAUAGUAACCUAGACAAAUUUAGGUAACUUUCGAGAACAUAUCCAUCUUAAUCUCUCCAACAGCCAGUUUAGCUUUGUUUAACUAACAUCAUCCCUUUGUUUCACUCUAUUUUGUCCUCUAAGAUUCCCUAUUAUGAUCAAGAGUCUUCUCUUGCUUUUUGUUUUAAAAUGCAUCUAUAGGAAUAGGAGGUAAUAUUUUUUUGUUAAGAAAUUGGCUCUACAGAUACUUAGUAGCUUUAGCAUCUGUCAUCUUUCUUUAUUGAAUUUCCUAAAUUUAUUUAUUUUGCACUGGUAAAAUCUUCUGUAGGAUAUUUGUUAAACGUUUAAAAAUUGUCUGAAUUUUUCCAAUUUUUGUUGAUUGGAAACUAGAUUUCUUUCUUAUUCUGCUGCCCUGUCUCUGUCUUUGUCAACCAAAUUAUUGAUUGAGCUAAAGCCAUCACCUUUUGCUCCUCCUAGCUAUUUUGUUUUUUUAGUACUCUGACGAAGCAAAGUGUUCCUCUGGCUGGUCCAUCACUAGGCUUUUAAUUAAUUGCCACAUCCAAGUCCAACCAAGAAGAUUAGUCCAAAUCUUUUUAAACAGUAGUGGUAGCCAUGGUCUCCUAAAGGCUGAAACAAUUGGGAAACAAAGAAUUGGGACAGAACAGGUCUUCCAACCCUUAAUGAUUUUAAUGGUUCACUCAUGGCAGGCAAGCUUUUGCAACCACCAUUAGUCAAAUGGGUUUGAUAGAAGGAGCUUGAGACCAAUGUGCAUUGUAGCUUAUGGGGUUGGAUCUUGAGCGAGUCGAGCGAGAAUCCGGUGGGUCUAGUUAAGUCCGGCUUAAAAAAAACAUCUAUUCUAUGGGCCAAUGUUGAUUCAAUGAGUUGGUUUACGUGAUCUAUGGGCAAUUGUCAAUGUCGAUAAUGUGUGGUCGAGGGAGAACUCAGGGGUCAAGUUUGUAGUGUUGUAAACGAACCAAACGUUCAUGAGCAUACUUAGUGUUCGACUUGUUAAGAAUUGUUUAUGUUCCUUAAUACACACGAGAUCAAUUAAAUGAACAAACUUGAAUAAUUCGUAAACUAAAUGAACAAACUUAAACACAUAUGUGUUUAGCUCGUUCGUGAACAAUGUACACGAACAAACUUUCUGAAUCAUGUUCAUUAAUGAUUUUUUAUCAACAUGGUAAAUAAAUUUAAAAAAAAUCAAAAUGAAUAAAUAAGUUUGCAUUAUCAAACUUAAUAACCAGUCAAACAAGCUUGAAUAACUCGUUAAAUUAAAUGAAUAAACUUGAACACAUAUGUAUUUAGCUUAUUAAUAUUUAUGAAUAGAAAUUGUGAACUGUUCGUGAACAAUGUACACGAACAAACUUUGUAAAUCAUGUUCAUUAAUGAAUUUUUAUCAACAUAUUAAAAUAAUUUUUUCAAAAAAAACUUUCAAAAUGAAUAAAUAAGUUUGUAUUAUCAAGCUCAUAACAAAUUAAACAAGUUUAAAAAUAUAAAAGUUUCAAACAAUCAAAUGAACUUGAAUUGAGACAUCGAUAACAUCUAAAUAAACUAAAUUCAAACUCAUUAAAAAAAGGCCAAGCUAAGCUUAAACAACCAUUUCAACAACUUGGUUCAUUUAGAUUCGGCUUAGCUUGACUCAGUUAUUUUAUCAAAUAAGUUUGAAUAUCAUAAAGUUUGGCUCGGUCUGACUCGUUUAUAGCCCUGCACGUUUGCCAUCGAACCGAACUUGGUUUGGUCUAGUUGAAGCCCGACCUCAAAAGAACAUUCAUUUUAUAGGCCAACAUUAAGUCGACAAGGAGCGAUCCAUGAUACAUAUCGCUCGUGAUCAGAUUCGGACGACGAGGCCAAAAUAACGGUCGAUGUUGGCCUCAGGUCCUAACCAGAGCAUCAAAGUCGUAAUCUUUGCGUGCCUAACUAGCUCAGGCUCCGCGAUUCAUGCUGAUUGCUCUGUAAGGUAGCUAUCGAACUGCCACCUCUACAUCAGUCGUCGAUGGCACGGCAAACGUCGGUCGAUCAAAGCUCAAGCUAAUACCGAUUGAUGGCGACGGACAGCUCUCCGAGCAUGAUCUGAUCCCAUUUACCUUGCUCCGGUCCCCAUCCCUGCCUGAACCACUGCAAUCUCAAGGAGGAACAAAUGAAGAACAGCCCAGGUGAAGUGUAGGGUCACUGUUCCCUGGCAGGGAGGGGCGCCUUAAGACAUGGGGAGCCCACAGCUUUCCAUUCACUGUUUCAUUAGCAAACCAAACUCUCGCAAUUACUCCAUGUUCGUAUCACUCCUAUGAUUUGUCAAUGUUGAUGAUAGGCAGGACAAGGGAUGGCAUAUGUGAUUCUGUCUGCACAAUCCAGGACACGCUGCUUCGUCAUCUCUGUGUGGUAUGUAUCGUAAGUGAUCCUCUGCUUCUUCUUUAUAUUGUGACAUGGUUUAAUUUCAGGGGCGAGACAGAAACCAUUAAGAGCGCCGAUGAUUUGGCGAGUUUUGUUGAAUACAAUAAAUGAUUCAUUUCAAUUAUCCUGAUCGAUGAUCGGCUUGAAUUGUCGAUCUUGCGUUUAGUUUGUGCAUUUUGAUUUGUAAAGAUUCGAUUUGAACAUUCGUCGAUAUCAGUGCAUUCAUUUAGCCUUUGGAUAAUUGCUCGAGGUAUGAUGUAAUAAAUGAACUUGUACAUGGUAGGUCAAGCUGAGGUGGGCCACUCUGGCUUUGACACCUCAGAGGGACCCGCUUGUCCUCCUUUUAAUUUCUGUAUUUUUAAAA